CUAUAUGUGUCUUAUACUACGCGAGUGCAGGCGACGUAGCGUUCAAACAAAGGCCACGCGCGGCUUAUACGCCAGCCUUGCAGUGUUUUCUUCUCCGCGAGUGCAUGUUGUUUGUACAUACACAGUGUAAAAGAGAGGAGUGCAGAAAAAAAAUUAUUGCUGUGCCAUGAGAGUGAAAGAAACGCCAUGAUGAUAGAAGGAAGCUGCUGCAAAUAAGUCGCGGGUCUCGCCGAGAUGCAAGAUCCUACGUGUGAGUUCAUUUAUUUUUAUUUAUUUUUUUCUGUAGACGGGUGACUUUUUUCUCUGUGGUUUCGACUAAGCGAUAGAUAGGCUUUGUUUUUCUGCGGUGGCGGACAGAGAGAGGAGUUGAGUCAGUGUCGACUGUCGAGUUGUAUAUUCUAUACACCUUCGCAGCACGUUUUAGGCUUUCCGCUAUUCGUCGUGGGGGCAUAAGUACUUUGAGCUGUGAUAAUUGAUUCAUGGAUAAGGUCUAGUAUACCUUUCACCAUGGAGCGAAGGCACCAAGAUGUUUUAAGGCGUAUGCGCCAAAAUAUAGUCGAUGAUUUGGAUGUUAACAAUGGCAUAAUAAUCCCACUAACAACUGAGUUCAUUUUGAGAGAGGAAGAUGUGAUUAAGAUUAAGAAAGGAAAAACAAAACCAGAGAGGGCUGCAGUCUUAUUAGAUUUACUUCCUCUCCGGGGAUCUCGUGCAUUUGAGGUUUUUCAUCAAUCUCUGAAACAUCACUAUGAUUGGUUGAGUGACGGGAUCGACAAUAUGUUAGAAUCAGCAAGGCCAGGAACCCCUGUCAGUGAUACGUCAUUUUUUUCCCCCAAUUUGCAGCCAGUAUCUCCAUUGACAGUAAGACGAGGAAAAAUGAUUGAGGAGUUGAAAUCUGGAUUAAAGAAUCUUCAGUCCAAUGGAUACAUUGCCCUUCAUGGUAUGAAGGGUUUUGGAAAAUCUUGUCUUACAGCGAGUACACUUAAUGACAAGGACUUAACUUCGCAAUUGUUUAAUAAUGAAAUAUACUGGAUAAAAUUUAAUUAUAAACGUCAUAUCCAUGAAGAAAUACUAAUCCAGUUGAACAAUCUUUAUCAUCAAAUAAAAAACUACAACCCUUUGAUAGAGUCUAUAAAUACAGAAUUCUUGGAGAACAGUUUGAAACAAGCAAUAGAUAACCAUUUUAAAAUAUCUGGUCACAACAAGGCUUUGCUAAUUUUGGAUGAUGUUAGUGACAAACAAAUUAUUGAUAAAUUCGACUUUUCUUGUAAAACAUUGGUAAUAACUUCCGAUAUUGGAGUUUUAGAAAAUCGGUGUCACAUUUUUGUUGCUAUUGAUCAUGGUUUUACUGAAGAAGAAACUCUAGGACUUUUUGCCAAAGUACUUAAUAUUGGAAUUGAUGAACUGCCAGAAGAAGCAAAACAAAUUAAUGCUGAAUGUAAAGGAAUGCCUUUACUUAUCGCUAUGUUUGCUGCCCAAUUCGAAAAUUUCAAAUAUGAUAUGAAAGAUAAGAAUCGUAAAGGGAGAUGGCGUUAUUAUUUGAAUUCAUUGCGCACUAAAAAUGAAAAGAACAAAGUUAUUGAGCAAUUUUUGAAAAUUCAAGAAGCAACUUUUGAUAUGUGCAUUGGCCAACUCGAAAAAGAAAUGAGGGAGAGAUAUGAGCAACUUGCAAUAUUUAGCGAAGAUGUUAACAUUAUGUCUAAGACUUUAGAAAUUUUAUGGAAAGAAGAACCUUUCAUAGUUGAUGAGCAAAUGCUUGAUUUUUGUCAUAAAUCACUGGCAGCAAAAAAAUGGAAUGAUGAAUUAAGAAGUUAUAUAUAUGGGAUACAUGAUCUUCUAUUGUGCCAUCUUAGAAAGAAAUUAUUACCAGAACAGUUGAGAGACAAGCACAGGGUGUUUAUUGAGAGGUACAGAACCUAUUGCAAUGGAGAUUUCUCCAAGUUACCAAAUGACAAUUACAGCUUAUCAUACAUUGGACAUCAUCUUGAGCAAGCAGAAUAUUUUGACGAAUUUCCUUCCUUGUACACAAAUUUUGAAUUUCUUCAAGCUAAAAUAAAUUAUACUGGUUUAAGUGAUCUUCUGAUAGACUUGAAAAAAUAUCGUAAAUACAUUACAAAUAAUGGAAAUAAGACAAUAGAGGCAAACCUUCAAGAUCUGGAAAAAUUUUUAGAAAAACAGGCUACUACUCUGGCAAAACAUCGUCUGAUGAAAUGUUUGGAUUUAGUUCAAAUUGCUUUGGAUCAUUCCGACGAAGGAUUUGUGAAAGAUACUGCUAAACAAUUAGCUUUGUCGAAACAAUUUUCUCUUUAUUUAUCUCAUGAUAAAAAUUCAUUCAAAAAUAAUUAUUUGAAAUUCUCUCAAGAAGUUACAACUCAAGCUACCUGUAUAGCUUUUACAAAUGAUCCAAAUCAUAUAUUGAUUGGAAGCAUUGAUGGUGAAGUAGUUCUUUGGGACUAUGAAAAUUGCAAACCAAAAAUGUUUCAUGGGCACAAUAAAAAAUAUCCGAUAAAAAAGAUAGUUUUAUCUGACAGUGGUUCAUACUUUUUAGCUUUAAGCGAAGAUGGUACAUGCAAGUUAUUUGCUUUGAAUUCAGAUGAGUUUACAGGCAAUGGAUUAAAUAUCUCGGCACAAAGCCCUCGUCAUAAACAAACAUUUUGGACCAACAUUUUUGAACCCAUACAUGAUGAUAGUUUAAAAACAUUUGCUAUCAAACGUGAAUUCAUUACUGACAUGAAAUUUACACCCGAAUUAUCCGAGAUAUCCGAAACACCUGAAAUUAAAAAGUCAGAUAUUAAAAUUGCUGCUUGUACUAAUGCUGGAACUGUAGCUUUAUGGAAUGAAAAUGGGAAUUUAGAAUGGCAAGACGCAUACAAAACUCAUCACUUUGGAGGUGUAGCUUUUACAUCAGGAGAUAAAUUCCUACACGUAAUGAAUGAAACGAUUUCUGUUGUAAGAAUUUACAAAAAGAAUCAAAAUAGUGGAUAUACUUAUCUUUCUCAGUUCAAUUUACAAUUAGAAAGUCCAAAGGUUAUUUAUUUUUCUAAAAAUCCAAAUCCAAUCGAAAAUAACUGUUUAGUAAUUGUUACUGAUAAAAUGGCUUUGUAUUUAAAAUGGUUCUCACAAGACCAGGAAUAUCUUCAACGUUAUGAGAAAUACAUAAAAAUUGAAGAAAAAAGUAAAAAUACUUUUUAUACAGCUGCUACAUUAACUUAUGAUGCCAGAUAUCUUGUUAUUAGUAAUUCAAAAGGAACCAUAAGCGUACUAAAAGCUUUUAAUGCUGAUGAUCUAAUAACAUACUUCAAAGGCUAUGUUACUUCGUUGGAUUCUUAUUAUUUUAAUGAAGAAAAUCAUUUAAUAUGUGGAAGCGAAAAUCGAAUAAUUUAUAUGUGGGACAUAAGUGCUGAUGAAAAGCCGAAAUCUGUGAAAACGCUUUUAUUUGAUGCAAAAAUGGCCAAGCUAGGUGAAGAUAAUACAGUAUUUUUAAAAACUUUACCGAACGCCAUAACCAUUUACAAUGGAAACAACGAGUUGACAAAAAUAGAAUCGCUUCAUGGAAAAAUUUCCAGUAUAAAUCUUUCAAAUGAUGCAAGAAAGUUAAUUUACAUGACUGAACUAGGUUCAGUUGUUAUAUAUGAAGUUGCAACUGCUGAGUCGCGGAAAAUAUCUCAACUAGAUUCCGUUGACAACUAUAUUGAUAUACUAGAAUUGCAAGACAAUUAUUUUGUACUAUGUAGAACUGCAGAUAAUAAUAUGCAGGUGUCAAGAAGUCCCAAAGCCUCCCAAUCGCUUGAAAAUACAGGCUAUGUUAUAUCUAUUAAUAAAUUAAAUGAUGAAUCUGUAAUGACUGUAUCUAAGGAGGGAAAAAUUAUAUGUUGGAUUAUCGAAGACUAUAAAUGGCGACCUUUUUAUGAAUGCAUUGAUGAGAAUGGCACAAUCAUCCACAGCUGUUUGAGCAUUUACAAGACUUUUCUAGCUCUGUUAAAAGAUGAGCAAAUAUUGGUAAUAUAUAGAAUGCCAGAUAUGGAUACUAUAGAAUCUAAUCUCGGGAAAUUAGAAAUUCUCAUGAAGCAUAGUUACAAAAAUCCAUUAAGCUCUUGCCAGUUCUCUCAAGAUGAAAAAUACUUGGCUGUUGCAUUGGAAGGUGGAGAUAUAUCCAUAAUCGAUGUAAUGACUUCAUUAGAAUUGGCGAGGCUCUCUUUACACUGUAGCACUGUAUGCCAGUUACAUUGGUCGCCCAUCACUAUCAAUGUACCAAUUUUACUCUCUGUGGGCUGCGACGAGCUGGCCUGGUGGAACGUGUCGUUUUUGAAGACCCCCGAUCGUAGUCAGAAUCGGCGUAGCCGCAUGGGUUUUAGCCGGAGUGUCAGCAGUCCGAUCGUAGGUAUAAGCCCACGAUCGAGUUACCGUCUACCAAAUAGUCCCUUGGCACCGCCAACUUCACCUUCAGUCAACGUCAACGAGUUUUGGAGCCGAAAAUUACAGAAAACCAGUGACGCAGACAGGCCCGCGCUACUUUGCUGUAUUCAACUGCCUGCCACCUGCGCCGGACCUACCAAAGUGUGCGUCUCCGACGAUUUCGCCAAGUUUUUAACGGUAGAUAUUCAUGGCACGGUUAGUAAUUACACCAUUUUUGGAAGUUUGGCUUUAUAAAAUUAUGAAAUUUUUUUACCGAUUUAUGGAAAAUAAAAAGUAGAUCUCGUUGCGUUUCUACUUAAGGUUGCGUGAAAAGUAUCUUUCGUUAGUUUUCGAUUUCAAUUUAUUGAAUGACAUCAUAAUUUUUUUACUUAAGUUACAGUUUGUUUAGAUAAAGCGUAGCGAGAUUUUGAAAUAUAAGUGUAAUUUGUGAACAAGAAA